AUGGUGAGGUUUUGCAUUCGGUCAUGCAGUGAUCGUCCUAGUGAUUUAUAUCGCAGUACUGUAUUUGCAGUCUCCUCAGGCCAUGGCGUAUCAGGUGUUGCUGUUAUAAGAGUAACAGGACCUGAGACUUCUGAGGCUGUCAAAUUGAUGACGAAAUCCGAUAAUCUACCAAAACCCAGAUAUGCAUCCUUACGCAAAAUUUAUCAACCUUCAACAGGAGAUCUUGUUGAUAAAGGCUUAAUUUUAUGGUUUCCAGGGCCUAAUAGCUUUACUGGUGAAGAUCUUGCAGAAUUUCAGGUUCAUGGUGGUUCAGCUGUUGUCGAGGGCAUUUUAACUUCUCUGUCAGAGAUUGAUGGUUUAUAUCCUGCAAUGGCUGGCGAUUUUACUCGAAGAGCUUUUGAAAAUGAAAAGUUAGAUUUGACUGAAGUAGAAGGAUUAGCCGAUCUAAUUCAUGCACAAACAGAAGCACAAAGAAAGCAAGCACUUAGACAAAUGGAUGGUCAUUUGAGUCAAUUAUAUAAGAUAUGGAGUAAAACUCUUUUGAAGAGUGUCGCUGAUAUUGAAGCUACCAUUGACUUUUCUGAAGACGUAAUAGAAGAUGGUAUAUUGACUAAUGUAAAAAAUUCCGUCAAUAAACUUGCUAAAGAAGUUCGAAAUCACUUAGAGGAUGGAAGAAGAGGAGAAAAGCUCCGGUCAGGAGUUAAUGUUGUUAUAGCUGGUCCCCCAAAUGUUGGUAAAAGUAGCCUGCUUAAUUUACUUUGUCAAAGGCCGGCAGCUAUCGUGUCUCCACUUGAAGGUACCACUAGGGAUGUUGUCGAAACUGCAGUUAAUAUUGGCGGUUAUCCGGUAUUAUUUAGUGAUACGGCUGGCAUCCGUCAAUCGAUUGACCCUGUUGAGAAGGAAGGAAUAAAACGCGCUAAAUCUAAAAUUUCCGCUGCAGAUUUUGUUUUAAUCGUUCACGAUCUUUCAAAGUAUAAACACGUUGAUAUUGAUGGCUUGCUAGAAUCACCCUUGAGGAUGUUAAACACAAAUGUAGACGAAAGCACAAGUGCAGAUUUCGAUGAAAAUAUCGAAUAUCUAAUGAUUUUAAACAAGGCCGAUUUAAUAACAAAUAAUUUAGCAGUACAGAUGAAAGAAGCAUUCAAUACUAAAGGGGUAAAUGCUUGUAUAAUUUCUUGUGAAACUGGCGACGGAAUUGAGGAUUUCAUAAAUAUCUUAUCUCAAAAAAUGAAAGACAUUUGUGGAGAUCCAGUAGUUGGUAACCCUUCCAUAACUCAGGCUCGUCAUAGAUUUCAUCUAAGGGAAGCGCUAAAUUCGCUGGAAAUUUACUUAAGGAUGGCUCACGACGGUUUUGAAGAUCAUGAUCUAGUGCUAGGUGCUGAAGAACUAAGAAUUGCAUUAAGAGAACUUGGUCGUAUUACUGGGAAUAUCGGAACAGAAGAUAUAUUAGAUGUUAUUUUCCGAGAUUUUUGUAUCGGAAAAUAA